GCUCAACUCCAGUUAUAUCUUCAGACGUCCUUCGACCUGAUCGAGACUCUCCAGCAUGUCGUUCAGCUCCAGAUCCUACAGCCAGGCCAUCGGCCAUAAGACCAUGAGUGUCUACGGUGGAGCAGGAGGUCGUGGUACCCGUGUCUCCUCAUCCCAGAUGAGCUAUGGACCUUUCCUUGGCCUGGGCAACACUGAAGGGCUUGACCUCCACGUUGACGCCAACGAGAAGACCACACUGCAGAACCUGAACGACCGUCUGGCCUCCUACCUGGAGAAGGUGCACAAGCUGGAGAAGGAGAACCAGCGCCUGGAGAAGCAGAUCAGAGAGUGGUAUGAGAGCAAAACUGUGGUCACCCUUGACUACAGCCACUACUUUGCCACCAUCCAAGAGCUGCAGGACAAGAUUCGCAUUUCCUCCAUGUUCAAUGCCAAGACAGUGUUGGACAUCGACAAUGCUAAACUGGCUGCUGAGGAUUUCAAAAUGAAGUUUGAGACUGAGCUGAACAUGAGACUGGCUGUAGAGGGCGACAUCGCUGGACUGAGGCGGGUGACGGAUGAACUGAAUCUAGCCAGAAUGGACCUGGAGAGUCAGUAUGAGUCACUGAAGGACGAGCUCCUCCAUCUGAAGAAGAACCACGAGGAGGAGUUGGCUCAGCUGAGGACUCAGAUGGGCGGUCAGGUCAACGUGUCUGUGGACGCUCCUUCCUCUGUGGACCUGAACCAGGUCAUGACAGAGAUCAGGGAUCACUACGAGGCUCUAAUUGCCAAAAACCGCAGAGAAUUGGAGUUGUGGUAUCAGAACAAGUCUUCAGCCAUUGAGGUGGAAGUAAAAGAAAGUUCAGACAGUCUGAUGACAAAACGCACAGAGAUUAAAGAUCUGAAGUCCACCCUGCAGAGGCUCGAGAUUGAACUGCAGUCCCAGCUUAGCAUGAAAGUAUCUUUGGAUGGAACCCUGGCAGAGACUCAGGCCCGCUACACUGCCCAACUAUCAAGUCUCCAGGCACAGGUCACAAACCUGGAGGUGCAGAUAGCCCAGAUUAACAGCAGCAUCACUAGUCUUACUCAGGAGUAUGGCGUGCUUCUGGACCUGAAGACUCGCCUGGAAAACGAGAUUGCAGAGUACAGGAGGCUGCUUGAUGGAGAAGAUGAAAGCUCAAAACAAGUGAUCACAAAGGUAAUUACUGUGCAGGAGACAGUGAUUGAUGGAAAGAUUGUUAAAUCCAGCAAGACUGUUGACGUGGAUGUUGAUAACGUUCAGUAAAACGUUGAAACCACCAGUAAAAUUCAAUAAAGAUCUUGAAGCGAA